AUUGGCAGAGUAUCCGGUCGGGCAGGUGUUCGAUGCGCGUGCAUAGCCAGGAAUGUCCCGAACAGUCUCGCGAAGGUUAAGACGAGGAAGCGCGAUUCUCCCCUGACCCUAAGGCUAGCCCAGCGGAGAACCAGUAGGAAGGUGGAGCGCAAACUCCAGAACGACCCACCAGCAACCUCACCCUCGCAAGCGUUGGCGCCAAAACUACCGGCCCGGUCCGUCCCCUACCGGAACUAUGCCUCACCUCCCUGGAUACUUUUGUUCCUAUGCAUAAAGAUGUCUCUGGUGGAUUUGGGGAAGAGGCUGCUGGAAGCUGCAAGAAAAGGCCAAGAUGAUGAAGUGAGAACGCUGAUGGCAAAUGGGGCCCCGUUCACCACAGACUGGCUUGGAACAUCACCUCUUCACCUUGCAGCCCAGUACGGCCAUUAUUCCACAGCAGAGGUGCUCCUUCGAGCAGGCGUGAGCAGGGAUGCCCGGACCAAGGUGGACAGGACCCCUCUGCAUAUGGCUGCAGCUGAUGGCCAUGCACACAUCGUGGAGCUGCUGGUUAGGAGCGGUGCGGAUGUGAAUGCCAAGGACAUGCUGAAGAUGACCGCUUUACACUGGGCCACAGAGCACCACCAUCGAGAUGUUGUUGAGUUACUUAUCAAAUAUGGAGCUGAUGUCCAUGCUUUUAGCAAAUUUGACAAGUCUGCCUUUGACAUCGCACUGGAGAAAAACAAUCCUGAGAUUCUGGUCAUCCUUCAGGAAGCAAUGCAGAAUCAGGUGAGCGUCAACCCCGAGAGAGCCAACCCAGUGAGCAACCCUGUGACUGUGGCUGCUCCAUUCAUCUUCACCUCUGGAGAGGUCGUUAACCUCGCUAGCUUUGUCUCUUCAGCCAACACCAAAGCACCCGCAGCUAAUUUAGAGGAAAUCGAAGAAGGAAAUUCACUUGACUCAUCAAUCCAGCAAGUGGUGGGGAGUGGCGGCCAGAGGGUCAUCACCAUAGUGACUGAUGGAGGCCCUCUGGGUAAUAUCCAAACCUCACUCCCUACUGGAGGCAUUGGCCAGCCCUUUAUUGUAACUAUGCAAGAUGGACAGCAAGUUCUAACUGUGCCUGCCGGCCAGGCUGCAGAGGGGACAGUAAUUGAAGAGGAAGAAGAGGAAGAAGAGGAGUUGCCAUUGGCAAAGAGACCAAGGAUGACAGAGACAACUAUCAGUAUUGAGGAAAGCAAGGAAGGCAGCGAAAGAGAGCUACUGCAGCAGCAGCUCCAGGAGGCCAAUCGGAGAGCCCAGGAGUACAGGCACCAGCUUCUCAAGAAAGAGCAGGAGGCAGAACAGUACCGGCUCAAGCUGGAGGCCAUGGCGCGACAGCAGCCCAACGGAGUUGAGUUCACCGUGAUUGAGGAGGUAGCUGAAGUGGAUGCUGUAGUAGUGACAGACGGGGAAAUAGAAGAAAGAACAGCAGAAGUGAUGAAGUCAGGAAGGACCACAGAGCCUCACACUAGUGUUUCCAUAGAAACCAUUUCAUCUUAACACGCAAAGGCCACAACUUGUACUCAUUCCUCUUAUUUUUAAGAAGAAAAUACAGAGGGCAAGCAUUGUGUACAAAUUAGGACUGUCUUUAAGAAGGGAACAGUAGCAGGGCUCAGUGCCUGGGCCAGGAAAGCUGUUUGUGCAGCUAGAGACUCAGAGCCACGUUAGGGGCAUCUAAGGGACCAAAGGACCAGGAUCAAAUCUCUCAGCACACGUCAUUGCUUUAAACAGAGUACUAAGCAUUGCAGGUUGAUUUUUUUUUUUUAUAAAAAAUAAUUAACUUUAUAUCAAAAGAUUUUAAGAUAAUACUUGUAAUACAUAUACACCAAGAGCCUUUAAUAAUUAUUCCUGAGAUCUCCAAGUGAUCUGAAGUUUGCCUUACUUAGGUUUAUGAACUGCUAAGGUUGUAGGAAGACUCUUCGCGAGGAUGAAGAAAAGAUACCAUACAUUCCUUCCUUUUCCUUUUUUUUUUUUUUUUUUCUUUUUUGCGGAGAAGUUCAAGAUAGGGUUUCUCUGUGUAGCCCUGGCUGUCCUGGAACUCACUCUGUAGACCAGGCUGGCCUCAAACACACAGAUCUGCCUGCCUCUGCUUCCCGAGUGCUGGGAUUAAAGCCCACCACCGCCCGGCUAAAGCUACCAUACAUUUCUAAGAAGCAAGCACACGGGCUGCUCCUAGUUAAUCCACUGUCCACUGAAAAGGAAUCUAUGGGCUAGGAACAGUAGUACAUACCUGUAAUGCCAAUGCUCAGGAAACUGAGACAGCCAGUGAGUGUGAGGUCAGCAGGAGCUAGAGAGACUCCUUCGGUGAAAGAGGGCCAGAUGUCCUUUUCUGGCCUCUGUGAACACCCUGGCAUAUACAUACAAAUAAAAAUUAAAAAGUUAAGUAAGUUAGUUGAACGCCAAGGUUCGCCCUUCAGGAUCAAGAGACUACCACGAGAUUGAAGCCAACUUGAGCUCCGUAGUGAAUUACAGUGCAGCCGGGCUACAAUGUGGGGCCUUAUGCAAGAAAAGAAAAUCAAAUCAUGUAGUGGUGCAUGCCUCUUCCAGCACGCAGGUGAUAGAGACAGGUGCAUCGCUGUGAAUUUGAGACCUGCCUAGUCUACAAAGAGAGUUAAUGGGAUGGCCAGCACUACAUACAGAGACCCUGUCUCAAAGGAAAAAGAAAAGAAAAGAAAGCAGAGAAAGCUUGUGAUUGCCAAUAAAUUGUAUGUUCAUAGCUUAGACGUCAGUUAAAAAAAAAAAAAACAAAAAACAACAAAAAAAAAAACCAUUAAACUAGGCAUAGUAUUGCAUGCUUGUAAUCCCAGCACUUGUGAGGCUAAGACAGGAGGAUCACUGCAAGUUCAUGGUCAGCUUUGACUAUUGUAAGAUUUUUCUUUAAAAAAGAAACAAAAUGGCUAGACUUGAUGACCCUCAUCCCUGUACUCGGAAAGCAGAGGCAGGCAGGUCUUUGGGGUUCUAACUAGCCUGGUCCACGUAGUGAGUUCCCGGUCAGCCUGGGCUACAUAGACUCUAACUAACAAUAGCAAAAAAAAUCUGAGGACAUUGCUCAGUGGGACAACAUGGUGCCUAGCAUGCAAGGAAGUCCUGGGUUCCUCCUUUGGUGCUGUAUGUACACAACAAAAACGAGGGGCAGGAAAGCAAAGAGAAAAACAAUUAACAUCAAACUUUUAAUGCCAGAAAAAAAUUUUACUUACGUUAUGGGGAGUGUGUGUGUAAAGCCUGAGUCCCUCCUGAGACUGGGCAGUCUCAGAAUGAGGCUUCUGAGCUAUGAAGCUCUGGUCUUGAGAUGGAAACUGUAUGAACGUUAUAAGACUACAAUCAGGAGGGUCGUCAGAAUACUGCUUCUAAACAUCUGUUUAUAUAAAUCAAGUUUGAACUUCUAAAUUGUAUAAAGUUGGGUUGAAUGUUGUAUGUCACGUAGGACAUUGGUGCUUUCCUGCAGCGCUUAUCCUGUGACGAAGGCCAGUGCUGUGCAGGCCUGUUUCUGUUGACUGCUGCUUUUGCUAAUGUGGGCCAAUAGAAUGCUGUGCCUUAAGGUGUGACAAAGGGGGCCUGCCUGGGUCACUGCCACAGAGCAGAGAGCCAUACAUCCGAGCCCUUGCUGUCUUCCCCUCUCUCUUACUCUGCUCAGACACUUUUGCAUAGAUUUUCAGUGCUGGGUUGUUGAGGUGGGAUUGGGGCAGGUCUCUGUUAUUAACAUGAAGUGGUUUUUGUUUAUAUAGCUGGGCGCCAUGCUCUUGCCUGGAAUCUCAGCAUUCAGGAGGCUACAGCAAGAAAGUUGACAUGAGUUUGAGGCCAGCCUGAACUACAGUGUGAGAACCUGUCUCAAAACCAAGGCAGCUGAGCAUUGUGGCUCAUGUGGCUGCUGCAGGAGGUUGCCUGCACUCUGAACAUAGUAAGCUCUCUGAGACAGCAUGAGCCACAGAGACACCCGUCCAUCCCCGUCUCCCCCCGCCCCCUUUCCCCAGACAGGGUUUCUCUAUGUAAACCUGGCUAUCCUGGAACUUACUCUGUAGACCAGGCUGGCCUUGAACUCACAGAGCUCUUACUGCCUCUGUCUCUCCAGUGCUGGGAUCAGAGGUGUGCACCCUAGCUGAGACACCUGUCUUAAAGAGAAAAGAAAGGGCUGAGACUAUAGUUCAGGAAGAGCCCUUGCCUGUCAUUUUAUCAGAUCCUAGUUCAAUCCUUAGGACUGCAAAAAACAAUAUUUUUAAAAGUUUAAACAGGAUGUGAUAGUACAUGUCUAUAAUCUCAGAACUGGCAGAGGGAGGCAUGAGGUCAGAGGUUGAGGACCAUCCUUGGUUAUUUAACAAGUUUGAGGUCAGCUUACCUCCCUCUCCCCCCGUCUCCCCUAAGGGGGAAAGGUACCUGAUAGCAGAGGAAAAGGCCAUGUAGACUUUUUAUUGGAAAUUAGAAGAAGCCAGAGGGGCAUGUGCCAAGUGCACACCUGAAUGACUGUUGAGAAUGCAGUUUCCUAAUUAAUGAUCAUGAAGAAAAUGGGUAUUUUUAGCCUGGAAAAAGCUUGACAGUUAACAUGGUUCUGUUUACCUUGAUUAGUAUAAUAAUUUGUGCAGUGUUCCAGAGGUGUGGAUUCAUUUUUGGCUCAAACAUAAUUCUCUAACUCAAAAUUAACAAACAGAAUGGACUGUUAGAGGUUUAUAGGCAAAAAUGGCUGUUUUCAAAUGACUCUUGGCUGCUGGCACCCUGACUAGGUCUGCUCUGUGUGUCCGAGCAUCAGAGACUGUUCUAGUGCCUCAAGAGUGUCUGGAAGCAUAGUGGAGGAGUCUGUGUGUCUCUGAGAUACCUGGGAAUGGGGUGCUAGCAGUAGGUGCUGUGUGUGGCAUCUCAGAGCCAUGGCUAACUAGAGGGAGCAGGUUUCCAUUCAGAUGACUCUGUUUACAUUCUUGGAGCAUAUGUUGACUUUAAUUCCCUCCCACCUUUUAAGGGGAUAGAGAGUGUCUGCAGAGACUGUCCACGCCUAACCACUUCAUUACCUUGCUAGUUACUGUGGGGAUGGAUCUGUCCAUCUACUCCUCCCCUCUGAGCAGAGCUUCUACCUUAGGGGGAGCCUGCUUCAUUGUUCCAAGUUAAUUUUGAACAUGAGGUCUCCGUUGUUCAUCUCAAAAUGGAAGUAGGUUUUGCUUUUCAGUUAUAUGGUCAUGAAGAUGAAAGGGUGUGGGAGAAGACUCUUUCAGUUAGUUAAAAAUGUAGGUAUUGGAUAGCCAAGCAUGGGGCACAUGUGAAAUCCCAGCACUGAGAGGCUGACGCAAGAGGCUCAGGAGUUCGAGGCCACACUGGGCUACAUGACGGCACUGUCUCAAAAACAAAGAUAGGACUGGAUAAGAACACGACACACAAGAGUGAAGGCCCAAAUUCAGAUCCUAGCACCCACUCUAGCAAGUCCUGGUGCCGUAACCCUAACCUGUUAGCAGGCUGAGGACGAAGGGUUACUGGGGUUCAGGUUCAGGGAGCGACCCUGUCUCAAAGGGGCACAGCAGAGUAGUGGAAGAGGGCACCAGGGUUCUCUUGUCCCUCCACGCGCAGGCGCGUACCCCACACGCACAGACAAGGCACUGGGGAGGAGAAAGGAAAAUACACGAGGACUGUCUCCUGACUUCAUGUAGCCUUCUAGGUCAGACUUUUGUAAGUUUGUUGCUUUUUAAAGACAGGGCCUUACUCUGUAGGUUGACUUCAAACUCAGGGCAAUCCUCCUGCCUCAGCCUCUUGAGUGCUGGGACCAUAAGUGUGAGCUCCACGUUUGGACUGGGUCAGUUGAGAAGAUCUCCCGUGGAUCUUUGGGGUGGAGAGGUCCAGCUGAUUGCGAAGGCUGGGUAUAUGAGAAUCAGUAGCAGAGGAGCUGUCCGGGCUGCAGCUCAGUGGAAUGCCAGCCUAGGGACUCGGCUCCAGGGCAGCUGCUGCGUGAGUGCCAGUGCUCUGCUAAUUCAGGGAUGUAACCCCACAUUUGCAUCUGGGUUGUAAGUAUUUCCCCCAAAAAAGAAAAAAAAAGAAUGUUGCAACUUGUGUUCUUCCUCCUUCAGGGAAAUUGAUGGCAAAUGUGUAAAUGUGCCUUCUGCUUCUGUGGGGGCUUGUCAUUGUGAUGCCAAAGCGGAGCCCUCCUGGCUGCUAUGGGAGAAGGGGCCUGGGGGGGGGGUUGCUCCGAACUCUGUGCCUUAAAAGAUACUCUGUCAGAUGUAUAUGUUCUUUUGUUUUUUUCCAGACAGAAUCUCACUGUGUAGCUCUGACUGGCAAGAAACUUGCUAUGUAGUCCAGGAUAGCCUCAAAUUUAGAGAUCCACCUGCCUCUGCCUCCUGAGUGCUGGGAUUAAAGGUGCCUGGCAACAGAUAGUUUUUAUAUCCCUUUGCUGGGUGCAUGUUAGUAUAAAUGUAUGUAAAUGCAUAAUGAUCUUUCCCAGUUUUCUCUUUGCGGUUCAGCUCUAAAUUAUCUGGGAUAACCUGGAAGCUUAUUAAAUACAUAGAUAGGGGUUUUAAUCCCCUUAAUCCACUGGGGAGCAGGGAAUAAGAUAACAGUGAAUAAGAGAAAAUAUGAGCGUUGAGGCCCAAGGAGCUGGUUCGUGCUCACAAGGGAAGCCAGCGGGUAAGUGCAAAGACACCAUGGUCAGUGCACAGCAACCAAAGUGAGCUUCCCUCUGUGGCCGUUUGUCUUCCUCCUGUUGAAGCUGCCUUGACACUUAGAAAAACCCUCAGAAAAAAAAAUUUAAAAAAAAAAUUACUAAAAAAAAAAAAAGAAAGAAAGAAAGAAAAACCCUCAGAGAUGGGUGUGGUGAAGCACAUAUUUAGCCCCAGGACUCAGGAAGCGGAGGCAGGUGGAUCUCUGUAAGUUCCAGGCCAGCUUGGGUUAGAUCCUGUCUCAAAAGAAAAGCCUCCAGGCUUCUGGACAGGGAAGAGCCCGGAUGAGGGGCUGUGGAACUGAGCUCUGAAGCUCUACUUCCCCAGCUCAGCACCUCACCGUGCGAGAAAUAACUUACUCCAAGAAAGGUUGUGUGGCUGUCCCUACGUCAGCCACCUCCAGGGCUAGAAGAGCUGAGGCCCAUGGUGAACUCCUGUCAGAGUCUGACAGUGAGCAGGGGUCCCUUUUUGUCCCAGUUCCUGGAGACCAGCUUUCUCUUCUCUCCUCAUGCAGAUAGACGUUUCUGUCAAGGCCACCAGUAUGCACUUUAACUUCUUACCUCCUUUUUAUGUUUUGUUUUGCUUCGAGACAGGGUCUCUUUCACCCUAGCCAGGCUGACCUGGAACUCACUGUGCAACCUAGGCUAGCCUCAGACUCACAGCAGUCCGAUGCCAUGGCCUCUCACACCCUGGCUUACAGAUGUGUCACCAUGACAGACCGGCUCUAACCCCGUCGGAGUCACGCUCUGUCUCCUUUACUCACAGGAAAGAUGUUAUAUUUAAUAGCCUUGGGCCUCUGGUGCUGUCCUUCUGAAGGCUUUAACCUCUCUGGGGCUGGGGGAGGAGGAUAGUCCUAAACUCUGCAGUAGUGAGUGAUUUGUUACAGUCAGGAAGUUGUGACCCUCUGUGUCUUCUUCCCUGACCCCACCCUCUACUUCUGUUCCUUCCAUCCCUUGGCUCUUGUGGUAGGAAGGCUUUGCCCGGCACUGGGACGUAAUUAAUUAGUCGGUCAUCUCUAAUCUUCCGGGCUCCUCUUUCUCUCUCCUCCUCCCCACCACGUUUUGCUCUGAGGUGAUUUGUUUCUGAGAAUUAACUAGGUUAUACUUUGUAUCUGUGUUCCCGCUUGGUUUCUGGCAUCUUGGAUGUCAACUGUUACAGUAGCAGCUCCGCUCCCGGCCUCGGCCUCACCCAGUGUGUCCUUCUGCCAAGGCCAUUUGGAGGCAGAUGCCCAGGAGUCUUCACAGUGUCCUCUUGUUCUUCAAGUUGUCUGGCAGCUUUGUGUACAGUAAAAUUGCAGGAAAACUUAAAUAAAAGUUUCUUUUUUAUUUAGGAUAAAAUACUUCCAUUCUAAUGAGCAAGUGUGUGUGUACAUGUGUGUGAAUGAGCAUUUAUGUACAUAUACCUAUACAGAUCUAUAUUAUAUAUACGGUUUUGUACUAUCAUUUAAAAUAAAGACAUUUCUUAAUAAAACAUUAAACAUUAGUGUUGUUGAAGUCUUUGGCAAAGAUUGUCUCUGCUGUCUCUGUUACAAUGAAGCAGCCAGACUAAAGUUAAGGUGUGUGCCAGCCCCAGUACCGAGAUCUCACCUCGGUGUCUUUAUUUUCUUUUGUUUUGAGACAGGCUUUCUCUGUAGCUUUGGAGCCUGGAGCCCAUCCUGGAACUUGCUCUGUAGACCAGGCUGGCCAUGAACAUGAGAUCCACCUGCCUCUGCCUCGUGGGUGCUGGGAUUACAGGUGUGCACCACCGCCCAGUCGCUCAGUUUCUUUCAUGUGUAAGGAGUACCAGGCUGAAGGCGGCUGGGUAAGAAGGGCGGAGGAUACGAAGGAGACUAAACAUAAACAGUGUUGCUGCCUUCUCGGGACCAUCAGCUGUGUCUUGCUAAAGAUCAUUCCAGCUGGACUUCCUGACAGCUUAUGUCCCCUGCACAGAGAGACAGGACCCAGGGUUCUCACCUGAUGGCCCCAGCUCCUCACCACCUGUUGUAGCUGCAUGUGGCCUUAACUGCAUGGCCGAGGGAGGACGUGCUGGACAAAGGCUUUCAGGUGCAGCCUGCUGUGGGAAGAGCAAACCCUUUUAAGUAACCCCUCACUGAUUCUCAGAGUGAACUUUGGGGGAGUCCUGCCUCAGUUUGUCGGUUUGUCAUCGGGACCUUAAGAAGAAGGGUAGACACCACUUAUGUCUCCCUCUGGGAAGGAAUUUUAGAAACACACAGUGGAAACUCACAUCUGUAAUCCCAGCAUUCCUACUGUGAGAUAGGAAUGGAGCCAGGAGAAUCCCAGAAAGCUUGGGGGCCUCCUAAUCUGGCUACUGCAAACAAGAAGCCCACAAUUGAGCUGUGGUGCGCAUGCACCCAUACUCAUGCAAGCAUAAACAUAGCAAAGUUUUUAAAUUUUUAUGUGCAUUGGCGUUUACCUGUAUAUGUUGUAUGAGGGUGUCAGAUCCCCUGGAACUAAACUUACAGACAGCUGUGAGCUGUCAUGUAGGUUCUGGGAAUCAUCUCUCCAGCCCCCAUAUAUAGUGGUGUAUUAUUUGUGUUUUAAUAAAUAAAACAUGCCUGAAGAUCAGAGGGCAAAGCAGCCACACUGGUCAGCCUUACAGACAGUCAUAACACACAUCUGUAAUCCCAGCAGUCACACUAGCUAAUUAUAGAGGCUGGGCAGUUCAUGCCUUUAAUUCCACCACUAGAGAGGAAUCUAAGACCUGAGGAGACAGCUCUCAGUUAGUCUUCAGUCUGAGGAUUCGUGGAGACAGGAUCUCGCCCAUUUCAGUCUGAGGAAGAGGUAAGAGCCAGUGGCUGGCUGCUUUGCUUUUCUGGUCUUCAGCUUGAACUUCA